AUGGUUGGCGAUGACAAGGCUGUGUUGGUUCCCUGCUGUGUCUCUCUACCCCACCGGGGAGCAGGCCUGACUCUGGAGGACGACGAGGUUGUCCUGCAGUGUUCUGCCACAGUCCACAAGGAGCAGCAGAAGCUGUGUCUGGCAGCGGAGGGCUUCGGAAACAGACUCUGCUUCCUCGAGUCAACAUCCAACUCUAAGAAUGUCCCUCCAGACCUGUCCAUCUGUACGUUUGUCCUGGAGCAGUCCCUCUCAGUCCGGGCCCUGCAGGAGAUGCUGGCCAACACAGAGGAGAAGGCAGAAGGGACGGCCCAGGGAGGGGGCCACCGCACCUUACUGUACGGACACGCUGUUCUGCUACGACACUCCUACAGCGGCAUGUACCUCUGUUGCCUAGGUACCUCCCGAUCCUCAACCGACAAACUGGCGUUUGAUGUUGGACUGCAGGAAGACACAACAGGAGAAGCUUGUUGGUGGACCAUCCACCCUGCCUCCAAGCAGAGGUCAGAGGGAGAGAAGGUCCGAGUCGGGGAUGACCUCAUCCUAGUUAGCGUGUCAUCAGAACGAUACCUGCACCUGUCGUACGGUAAUGACAGCCUGCACGUGGACGCAGCCUUCCAGCAGACCCUCUGGAGCGUGGCUACUGUCUGCUCUGGCAGCGAGGUGGCCCAAGAGACUGUCAAUGGUCAGGACUCUCCACCUGCAGAGUUCCUGUCAAUGCCUCUCCUGCUCCACCUGACGGUGCACUACGAGGGGGGAGCUGUGUCCAUCCACGCCCGUUCCCUCUGGAGACUGGAGACCCUACGAGUGGC